AUGCAACCGAUGGACAGUGAGAUCCGGGCGAUGAUUACCGACACAAUCAGUGUUGAAAACACAACGUAUGACAUAAUCACUGAGUUUGUUCAGCAUUUCCUAAGCGCUAAAUACAGGGCCAGCGGUUAUGACAAGCAUUUGAAUACUAUGGCACAGUUGACGGCCAAACAGUUGAUAAAUGAACAGUUAAUUAAUACAUCGACCGAACAAUUAUUAUCUCCACCUGGCGAUCAUGACAUCUAUGAAGACAUUAAUAGUGACCCAGAUGUUAAUGAACAUGUAGUUAAUGUUAAUGAUAUUGAAGCUACAGAUCAUAGCAAUAAUGGACAGUUAGAUAAACCAUAUGUGUUUGAGUUUAGCACUGGUACUGAAUACAUGGUAGAGCCGUCACAAUAUCUAAUAGUAGAAGUACAGGACGACGAACCCGUUAAGACUCACGAUUAUCAAAGUUCAACAACUGACCUAUGUACAGUAAAUGAGUCAAUAGUUCAACCAAUAGUGAUUGAAGCAUUAAUGAUCGCCAGCAAUGAUGGUCAACAACACCCGCCGGCCAAACAUAUGGCCGAAGCACAGGUCGAGUCAAUCAUACAGUGUUUGAUGGAUAGACUGGAACCGGUGAUAGACAUUGAGACCCAUCACAGACCUAACCAUUUGCACAAAGAGUUUCUAUUAGAUGGUCAGUGUUUGGGCGCCGGACUAUCGGGACUCGUAGUCCGGGCCACCAGACGGACAGAUGGUGUUGAAUAUGCCGUUAAAAUGCAUUUUAUUGUCGGCAAAGAGGACACAGAGGACGGGCUGUUACGCGAGUAUCACUGGCGGCGCCGGGAAGUGGACGUGUGGUCGGGUGUGUCGUACGGACAGUGCGUCCAGUAUUACGACUCGUGGGUCGAGAGGGACGAAGAGUGUCGGCAACGG